AUGAAAAUAACAUUCCUUUUUGUUAUUUUAUUAACUUAUAAAGUUUCUACACAGCACAAUGGAAUUUUAUCCAGAUACAAGCGAGACUCAGCAGGUGCUUUGAACAUUGUCACAAAUCAUGCUCCGGCUAUCCACGCUGACGUAAAGGAUGAUAACUCGGGUGCAACUGAUAAGGUAACAGCACCCAAGGACACACUCUACGAUGGUAAGUCGUUGAGGAAGUCGCUGCCUCUGACCACUAAGCUGGACCUGGUCCGUGCUGUGAGCCGAGUCGUAACUUUAAUAACUUUGCUGUUCUCCGCUAUUGUUGAAUUUUAUCCUUUUGUACAACACAUGUAUGUAAUGAUAGAUGAG